GGAGGGUGAAGUACGCAGCGCCGCUCCGGGAACCUCAGAACAUGUGACUUGACUUUUCUUCGGCUUGCUGAAAGCCGUGGAGAGUUCUCUCCAUCUUGGUGUGAUAUUUUUUAUUUUAGGGACUUGGUUAUGAUUAUGAACAGCUCUUUAUGUUGUUGAUUAUUCAUUUAUUUGUUUACUUUUCGGGAAGGGAGCGUCGCAUUGGUACUAGUUAAUCUAAUUUUGGUAUAUAGAAGAUUUUUUUCCCAUCAUUUCUCUGCUUGGAAUCACUUGCUGCAUCUUGCUCUAAAUAAAGGCAGCUUCUCAUCUUACUCAUGAGCUAGUCAAUCUGUCCAAAGACUUUACAAAAUUGAAAAGCUUCAAAAAGUCCAUAUUGUUCAAAGGUACAUCAAACGACGUUUCCCCUUCAUUAAAACAAAUCCUAUAAUAUUUUUUUUUGUUUCUCUCCAUCAAAAAGAUCUUUUCCUUAGUAGCAUGGAAACAUAAGUAACAUAAAUAACAAUCAGUAGAAAUAGCCAACAGUCAUAACAACAGAAAACAAUUGUGUUUGGUGUGUUGAUAGAAGUGCAGUGUUUUCUUUUCUUCUCAUUCGGAAAAUCGGAAUGGAAAAAAAUCCGAUGUUUUGAAAGUGAAGUUGGUGUUUGUGCAUAUUUUGUGUUGUAUUCAUAAAACGGCGGUUUUGCGACGAAAAAGCUUUGCAGUUUUUGCAGAGGCCAAGGUGUUAAGCAGCUCUCAGGCUUAUCUUCUUCGUUAAUAAGAAGUGUCGACGCGAGCGCCCCAGGAGAGCAGGUGCUUCCCCGCGGUGCGCCCUCGCCGCCGGUGCUGGUGCGGCCGCGUCAGGAUGCGAGUGAGCGGGCGUCGGCCUGUCGGCGGGCCAGGGCUCCGCGGCCCCCCCUAAUGCCCCGCGAGGCUCGCAUCAGCGCGUGAGCCAGCGCCAUGGGAGAGAGCAGCGCCGACCUGAUGGAGGGCACGCCCACGCCGCCCUCGUCGCCGCCGCCGCCGCCCGCGGGAGACAGGGCCCGCCGCGGCCCGGCCCGCCUGGCGGCCUUGCUGCGGGCCCGGCGCGUGCGGCUCAUGCGGCAGGACCAGCAGCAGUGCAAACACAGGAACCUCUCGAUGUCAGACUCGGAGUCAGUGAGCGGCUCCGUCAAGUGCCGGUGCGGAUCCCACAAGAGCCUCUCGAGGAACAACUCGACGCAGAGCGCGCAGUCCGCGGCCACCACGCAGACGCUGGUGUCGUCCUCGACGUCGUCCAACAGAGGUAAGGUCUGCGGUUGGGCAAGGUCAGACGUCGCUCGGAUAUUUUCCACAGACAGACAUGUGGCUUUAAGGAUGACCUUCACACAACAGUAAGCCACGAACAAUGGAUGGCGUUCACCGUUGGACAGGCCGCAGGAAGGUCGUGGGCUUGAUGAUGGUGAUGAUGGUGAGGGUGAUGGUGAUGAUGAUGGUGAUGGGGGUAAUGGUGAAGAUGAUGAUGAUGAUGGGGA